AUGGAGGUCAGCAAGAAGAGUGCCGCGGCCCGAUCCAAGGAACUGCACUAUCACAAGGUUCCCGAUGACGUGAGAGAAGGAGUCGACGGAGCACGACUCAAGGAAUGGGGCAAUUGGCAAGGGUUUGAUGCAGUGGAGAUCAUCAAGCCGGAGGAUGUCGACCAGUUUCUUCGAGACAAUGAUGGCAUCGAAGUCACGCCCACUAGGAUAGUCGUGCGAGGAGAUUUAGAAAGUGGCGCAGAAGGGGCUCGCACAGACAGCCCCACAGCAUCGUCGAUGAUGUUCAACCUGCUCCUGAGCAUCACGGCCAACAAGAAGUGGGGCCUCCGAGCGGUACCUGGGGAGCAUGCAUCAUACAUCCUCCAAGAUGCCCAAGCUGGAAUUCAAGGUCUCGUUAUUGCUCAUGUAGAUGACCUACUCUGGAGUGGGACAUCGGCCAUGGAUGCUGUUAUGGACGAGAUCAUCAAGGAAUUCAAGUUUGGGGCGUUGGAGUUUGGUACUGUGGCAGAACAGUGGAGCAAGGCGAACUUGGAAUCGCAGAGAAAGCAGCGGGACCACGACGUGACAGAACAAGAGAGGAACCAGCUGAGGAGUGUGGUUGGAAGCCUGAACUGGUUGGUGCGAGUUUGCAGAUUGGACAUUGCCUAUGAAGUUCAUCGAUUGCAAGCAGUGAUGCAGAAGGCGUUGGUGGAGGACCUCAUCAAUUGCAACCAGAUCCUGAACUAUGUGAAGAAGACACCUGACAAGGGCAUGUUCUUCAAGUAUGAGGCCUUCGAUGUCAAUGACAUGACUAUCUACAGCAUCACGGACGCCAGCCACGGCGCCGACUACGACAUCGGCAAGAAUGGGGAGCCUCUUGGGAACCGCUCCCAGUCAGGGAGGAUUCUUAUGGUGGGACCAAGCACCUUGGAGACUACCGGCGAGGGGACAGUACAUGUCCUGGAGUAUCACAGCUCGGUCAUCAGACGAGUGUGUCGAUCGACACUCCAAGCAGAAACGCUGAGCAUGGUGCUUGGAUACGAAAAUGCAGAGCAUUUACGUGCGGUACUGUAUGGAUUGGAACAUGGUGGAGACAAGCCAGAUCUUGUACGAGCUAUGGAUGCCAGAAAAGUGGUUCUCUUCACAGAUUGCAAGAGUCUGGAACAGCACCUUCGCCAACCAGGCCUACAUACCGUGGGGGAUAAACGUCUCGCUAUAGACCUGAGUGCCUUGAGACAGCUGAUUUGGCGACUACCUGGAGAAGAUGUGGGAGACCCAAUGCUUGCAGAUGCUCCACCGCAAACAGCAACGACAACAACAAGGUGGAUCGACACUGCGACGAUGAUCGCAGACGGGCUCACGAAGCGGAUGAAGAGUGCACAGAUUGAUGACUUGAUGAAGAGCGGAAAAGCCGCACUCAGCUUCGUGAAACUUCAUAUUACCAGUUCGGUGCCAGAAAAAUAA